AUGGAUGAAGUUGAAUACAAAUUAAACACUAAUAAUAGUGUUUUGAUCGUUAAUGCUAUCGAUAAGUUAAUAUCUACAAUAAAAUCAAAGUUUAAACCGACUGAACGGCAAAGAUUCGUCAAUGAGAAUGAAGAGUUGAAGUUUUUGAGAGAAAAGUGUUCAUCAAAAGAGGCCAGAGUCAGCUUGACUGCAUGUCAAGGUCUACUAGCUCUGGUGGAGCUUGGUGUGCUCGAGAUAGCGCAUACUAUGUCGACUGUAGUUACUUUAUUACCGAGUGCACACAACUACUCGGCAAUAAUAUCUACAAUGGCUGGUCUACUAAUCCUGGACUUAAAGGCACGCUUGGUCCCCGGCAAGCAGUACAAGUGUCAGUUCACAUUGAAGUCUCCGCAGCAUCCUUUUAUCACAGUGUUAGAGAAAAACAAGGGAGCCGAAGAUGAUGUUAUGGCUCAGAUGCAUGCUCUAUGCACUCAUCCUGAUUAUAUAGUAUCAUCAAACAGCCUGGAACUACUCCGUCCUUUAUUCCUGUGGCUAACCUGCAAUCCCCAAAGGGACUGUGGUAUCAGACCAUGGCAGCUGCUACUUAGCCUGCCUCAGUCAACUGCUCAGUCGUCACUGCUGCUUGCCUGCCUUAGCUGCCAACAGAUUCGCACCCCAGCGCUGAUAGAGCGUUCCUACUCGGCGUAUUGCGCUGUGACCGAAGCGGCGAUAUAUCAACGACAUCGGGAUCACGUCAUGGCCCUUUUGCCAAUGCUCGCCAGAAUAUCAACAGAGCUUGUGAGACAUGGCCGCGACCCUCGUUCGUGCUACAGUCUGAUAGAACGCUGUUUCGCACUGGACGCGCCUGAACUCAGAACUGUCGCUGGGAUCACACUCAUGUUGCUUGCUGAGAACCUACCUGAUACAUCAGCCUUGUAUCUUCACGAGCUGUUCAAUUUGUGUCUCAAUAUAAUCAGCAAAUACGAAUAUCCCGCAAUAUGUCUAAACAGUUUCGUAGCUCUCUCGCUACAGUGGCUCCACCUACCUUCAUACCUCACAUCAUCAGCUCUCAAAGUAGCCUCCAAGAUCCUGGACACAUACCAAGACAACUAUAAAGAUGAUCUGCGCCUCAACACACCAAACUUGAAGGCUAACAAAACAUUCCAGGCAUUAUUGUACACUGACGGUCAUUUAUCCAUAGUAUUCAAAUUAAACCAGAACUGGGAACGAAUGAGAGAUGAACCGGACAUAUUGAAGAGUUGGUUGGAUAUUAUUGAGUCAGUUAACGGUGACAUUCAACUAGAAUUAGUACCGUAUCUUCUGGGAAUGAUAUUGGAGAAGCGUUCAGAGAGUUGGUAUGAAGAAAUAGUGUUGAAAGUGUUAAGAAUUGUAGUGAAUUUAGUGAGUUUUAAGAAGGAAAUUUCCGUGCAGCUGUUGCCCCUGUUAGUGUAUAAGAUUGGAAAGGAAAAGUCUCCAGCUGUGAGGCUCGAAUGUUUGAGGGCUUUACCGUUAAUGGCGAGGACUAAGGAAAAUGUACCAACUAUUGUGUCCGUGCUGAACAAAUUGAAAGCCAACAAGGGAGUACCUACAUCACUUCUCAUCAUGCUGUACACAAGUUUGGCUGAAACGCAGGUGAGGUGUUUCCCUUAUCUACAAGAGCUAUUAGUGGAAGCGGGCACAGUAAGAGCUGAUGAGCUGAAGUGGGAACUGGACAUAGCAAAGGCCAUAGCGGUCAGAAGAAUUUGUGAAAUAAGAGCAUCGAGUCAUGGUCUGGAGCUGGUCUCUGUGAUCUCCUCGAUCCUCAACCGCUGCGGAGACAAGAGCGGCGCGGUGGCCACGUGCGUGUGCCUCGACAGUCUGCGCCUGCUGUGGAAGGGAUCUGCCCUUGCUCCCCCCAGUACUUGGAAAGCGCUGGAACCUAAAUUGGGCAGAGAUCAUAGACCUAGUGUUCAAAUUAAUCUUUGCAAACUCCUCGGUGAAGUGCCAUCCCUCCGUGUAUCCAAUCCUGACUAUGAUAAGCUGAUCUCUGAGGCGAGUCGAAAGCUCUGGAUGCUGGUGUCGGACUCCAAUGUACCUGAAGUUGCGGAGGCUGCCUGCGAUGCUCUUUCAGCUUACAAAAUCGACGACUACAAGUUGAAGGACAUACCUGAGAUCUACAGAAGAACUGUGAAGUUACCAGCUUCAUUCUGCAAAACGCCAGCUGAUGCUGCGCGGAAACCAGAGGAUGUUCUGGACUAUGUGCCUUGUGAAAUCUGGCCCGAAGUGUUCAAGUACACGAACCAGGCGGCGCUGCCGGGCGUGUCCCGGCUGUGCUCGCGGCUGGUGGAGCGCGAGGUGCGCGCGCACCGCAGCGGCGUGUACGCGCCCCACCGCGCCGAGCCGCACGGCCUCGCGCACCUGCACCACGCCAGCCUCGCGAGGGGACUACUCGAAUGCUUCAAGAAACAGGCGACUACACCAUCACACGACUUCCCAGAACCCGUUCUCCUAGCUAUCCUCCACACCUUGACAUCGGAAUAUCCGAAGCCUCUACCUCCGUUAGACCUGUGCUUCCUCCCCGAAGCUUUCCACCGGGGGAAGGAGUGGAGACGAGGCUGUGUGACCCUGGCUGCGAGACAGGCACAGGUGUCGCAAUCUGCUAGACGGAUCUUAGAGAAUUAUCUGCAAGGAAUUGAUGGCAACGCUGAGGAAACAGACAUUCUGCUAACAUUCGAGAUUCUUCCAAUUCUCUGCCGAGGAAUGCCACCGAAUGCCUUACGACCCCCCCUCGAAAAGUGCCUCAGUGACUCUUUCUCUGUCAUUGCGAACACCAAGUUGAAAAGCAAAGGGAUAGAAGAGACAGAGUACCUGUUUGUUAAGCAGUUGGAGAUGAUCAGAGUGUGUUUGGAGUGUGAGAAGAUACACGACGCGAACAGGACGCUUUUGUCGCAGAUAGUUGAGAGUUAUAUGUCCGUGUUGAAUGAUGAUAAUGUGGCGUGGCCAGCGUACGUCCGCACUUGCCGGUGUCUGUCCAGCAAGUACCUGGAGCGUAUGACGUCCCCUUCAGGCUGGUGGGAGGUGUCGAGCGCCCUGCUGCGGAAGGCAAGCGCCGUCCGCUGCGCCGUGGCGGAGAUGGGCGACUGCGACACCGCGCUCAACUGGCUCAAUGAAAUCAUCGAUGCACAGGCUGGACAGCUCACUGAACAAGAGUUCUCCCUUCGGUGUAUGUUCCCCGCGCUGAAGGCAGCCAAGCCUGACUCGGCAAGCACCAAGCAGUGGCUGCUACAACUCAUGGGAAGGACGCAGGUUGCUUUUAAUGAAACGGAAGACAAGUCAGCCAAGCUGUACCUGUGCGACGUGUUCAUGCUGUGCGUGGUGGUGUUCAGCGGGGUGUAUGCCGUGGAGGGGGGCGAGGUGGCGGUGGCCGCUGACCGCCGCGUGCGACACGAGCUGCUGCCCGCCGCGGCUGCUGAGCUGGCCCGCAUCUGGCCCGACUGCUCUCUACAGCUGUUGGAGUGGUUGUCGCCGCGGGGGUGUGCGCUGGGCUCCCCCCCCGCGGCCCGCACGUGCCAGCGCGCGCUGCUGGCCGCGCGCCACGCGCCGCACUUCGCCACGCACAGGAUCUGGACCAGACUAGAAAGCCACUUCGGUCGGGAUAUUAUUGAUGAGAACCUUUAA